AUGGCAAAGCAAAACCAAUUUCUGCUUAUCUUCGUCUAUGUUAUCAUAGUAACCUGCCUGGGUAGCCCACGCAAUACGAAGAAGUCAAAUAUCAUUGGUGAAGCGGCAAAUUUCAUAACGAGUGCGACGUCGAAAAUUUCAGGGAGUUCUGUGAGUAGUUUGGGUAAAACUAUGGCAAGCGCCGCAGUCGGAUACUAUAUGAGCCAAGUCGAAUCCGGGCUCAGCAUUGUGAUUCUGAAUAGUAUGAGCACUCGUUAUUUGGUGAAUCAAAAGUUAUUCCUGCUAAAUGGAAAGACAGUUGGUCCGCCCGUAUUGAUUAUUCCACCUGGAGCCAAAGAUCAAAGUGAAGCCAAACUUCUAUUCUUAGAGCGCUGCCCACAGGGGACCCUAUGCUAUGAGCUUUUGAGCUCUACAACACAGGCAAAAUUAAAAUUAGUCUGCUUAUAUUUCUAUGCGUCUGCGGGGGAAAAAAAUAAAUUUUCUGUUACUACUUCUGAUGAUCUAAAUAUAUUAAAAGAAACAUCAGUCAAAACGGUGCUGGAAACCUUGACUUCGGAUAGAACAAUAGGGGAGAACAUGGUGCUUUCUCCGUCAGGGUUACAAUUUAUUGCGAUUGCACAGAUGACAACAGGUGAAAACGCACGUUUCUUUUUCGAGAUAAGGGAUAACUUUAAUUUGAUUCAAAGCACUGCUUUAAAGCGCGAGUUGGUUUCAGCUUUGGCUGUGGGAUUGGCUGUUGGUGCCGCAUCUGCAUUGGUCAGCGCAGCGAAGAAAUACAUGGCUACGAAAUAUGGAACUAUUUUGACGCUGGACAAUGUUUCAAAUAACAAUGAUCCAUUUAUUCUCUACGAUCCAAUUUG